AGCGGUAGAAAAUUUCCUUUCAUAGUAGUGAGCAAUAAAAUCGCAUGGUGUCAGUGUGUUAGCAAAAAAACGGAUCUAAUCUGUCGUCACUGCGUUUUGGUUCCACCUCUGGGCUCUCACGUCGUUAAUAGCAGAAUCGCCUGGCGGCUUACUGCUGUAUACACAUACAUAUUGUCCCGUGUUUCUAGCAUUUUUAAACAAAGUGAACAUUUGCAUAUGUCGGAUGAGUUGGAUUAAUUCCUUGCAACACGGUUAUUAAUCCCGUGAGGAAUCCACAUCAAAUCGUUUUCAAUCAUGGAACAAAGAGGAUGCGAUGCAAGUAGGGCGAGAAGACGAUGUGUCGGCUGUGUGGUUGCUGUGCUUUUGUGGAGCGUGGCCUCGGCGCAAUUACGAUACUCCAUCUCUGAGGAAGUGAACGAAGGAACUGUGGUUGGAAAUAUAGCAAAGGAUUUGGGAUUAGAUAAAAGCACGCUGAAAGAGAGGAAGUAUCGGAUUGUUUCUACUGCUGUAGAACCUCUUUUCCGUGUUGAUCAGAACGACGGCAUUCUGUACGUAAACCAAAAGAUCGACAGGGAAGAGGUGUGUGAGCGAAGCAGUUUAUGUUUGAUAAAUCUGAAAACUGUACUGGAAAAUCCACUGGAGGUCCAUUAUGUUGGAGUGGAAGUUAUGGAUGUAAAUGACCAUUCUCCCAGUUUCCCAGAGAAAGAGAAAACGCUGGACAUUUUUGAGUCCGUGUUACCUGGAGUACGUAUUCCGUUAAAAGCAUCACGCGAUCCAGACGGUGGUCCUUUUUCUGUUCAGCAGUAUAAACUUAGCCCCAAUGAUUACAUCCGUUUGGAAGUUAAGGAUAAGGGAGAAGACGGUAAAAUACCUGUAUUAAUUGUGCAAAAACCUUUAGACAGAGAAACUACAGUAAGCCACUCAUUAGUAUUGACUGCAUUGGAUGGAGGUAAACCUCCGAAAUCUGGCGAGAUGAAUAUUCUAGUAAAUGUUUUAGAUGUAAAUGAUAACGCGCCUGUUUUCUCUAAAGAUGUUUAUUCAGUAACGCUCGAUGAAAAUGCUCCAGUAGGAACAACAGUCAUUCAAGUUAAUGCAACUGAUUUAGAUGACGGAGCCAAUGGAGAUGUGAUUUAUUCAUUUAGCAACAGUGUGAGUCAUAGAUUAUUAAAGCUUUUUGAUAUCAAUCCAUCAACAGGUGAAAUAAUUGUGAAAGGUUUGAUAGAUUAUGAGGAGAAGGAAAAAUAUGAGAUUGAAAUUCAGGCAUCAGAUAAAGGUCUAGCUCCUUUAGAGACACAAAAAAGCGUAAUUAUCAAGAUAGUUGACGUUAAUGAUAAUGCACCUGGGAUUGAGGUUACUUCCUUUUCAAGCUCCAUCCCUGAAGAUUCCAGACCAGGCACUACGGUUGCCCUUAUCAGUGUUAAUGACCUGGACUCUGGUCUCAAUGGAAAAGUUAUUUGCUCCAUAGCUGAAGAUGUUCCUUUUGUUUUAGCCCCAUCUUUACAAGACAAGAUGUAUUCAUUAGUAACAAAAUCGCCUCUGGACAGAGAGAAACAGACACAUUAUAUUAUUAGAGUACUUGCAAAAGACGCUGGCCACCCUUCAUUAUCUUCUGAAAAGACAAUAAGCGUUGCGGUGUCAGAUGUGAAUGAUAACCGUCCUGAGUUUUCACUGAGUCCGUAUACUUUCUAUGUCACCGAAGGCAACAACCCGGGAGCAUCUGUGUUUUCUGUUAACGCUUUUGAUCGUGAUGAGAACAACAAUGCACUCAUUUCCUAUCAUAUUCUCAGAGACUCAGGCCCAGAUAACAAAUUGACAUCAUUUCUCAACAUAAACUCUGAAACUGGAGACAUUUUGGCUCUGAAAAGUUUUGACUUUGAAACUCUAAAAACGUUCCAGUUCCAAGUUGUUGCCACAGAUUCUGGAACUCCGUCACUAAGCAGCAACCUUGAUGUUGGUUGUCCCUAA